GUGCAAUGUUCGGGCGUUGCAGGACAACUCAACCACAGCACAGCGUUCGAAACGUACCGUGACAAAAGCCAACACCGUUGGUCCAAGUUGUGGCCCCUGCGGACCCAUACAUGAGCAAAUCCUGCCUUGACUAGCCCGCCUUGGAACGCAAACGGACUUUCACUACACCCAUUGAUCUUCGUUCAUAAAGCCCGCUCUCUCUCCGCCGCGCGCACUACGUCUCACGGCUCUUCGACACCUCGAAGCUCGCAACCCCCAGCCCUCACACGAGUGGAAAUCCUCGUUAACCCACCCUCCACCGUCGCCAACUCGAAAUCAGGUGGUUAAUGCUCUCCGUGGCCAAUUCUCGUCGUCCCUUUUAUUACACCCCCCUCAAGCAGAGCAUCCGCUCGGUAAAAUGGCGUUAGGCUUUGGAACCAAGAAAAAGGCCAGCAAGGCUGACCUUGGCGAAAAAGACUACUCUCGCGACUCUCCAGAUCUGAAAGACGGCUAUGACGUUGAAAGUGCUGGUGGGCCUCGCCGCGCAAGCCUGCUCCCGGAGGACAGCGACAACGCUAGCUUCGAUGUCGGCAAGCAGAUUGAGAUGGAGGCCGAGAACGCCAUCAAGUACAGGACUUGCAGCUGGCAAAAAACUGCUGCCCUGCUCUUCUCCGAGUAUAUCUGCUUGGCCAUCAUGUCGUUCCCGUACUCGUACUCAGUUCUGGGUCUGGUACCUGGCUUGAUUCUGACCGUUGUGGUGGCCGCCUUGGUGCUGUACACCUCCCUCGUCGUUUGGGAAUUCUGCCUCCGCCAUCCGAAUGUAAAGGACGUCUGCGAUGUUGGAAAGAUCAUCUUCUGGAAUAGCGAUAUCGCAUGGUGGUUCACCGCCGUCAUGUUCAUCCUCAACAACACCUUCAUCCAGGGUUUCCACUGCCUUGUUGGCGCGAAAUAUCUCAACACCAUGACGAACAACAGUGUUUGCACCAUUGGCUUCUCCGCAAUCGUGGCUUGCAUCUCGUUGAUCUGCUCGCUGCCCAGAACUUUCGACACUCUUUCUAAAAUCGCAACGCUGUCGGCCUUUACGACAUUCCUGUCCGUCUUGUUGGCGACCAUUUUUGCUGGAAUCGAAGCCCAUCCGGCAGGCUAUCCCAAAUUUGGCGAGCCCGUAGUCCUGGCUGUCCCGGCCGCCGGAACUACCUUCGUCGCUGGCAUGAAUGCGUUCAUGAACAUCAGUUACACCUUCAUUGGCCAGAUCACGAUUCCCAGCUUCAUUGCCGAAAUGAAGGAGCCCAAGGACUUCCCCAAGGCUCUGUGGGCCGUCACCAUCGCCGAAAUUAUCGUCUUCAGCCUGGUCGGUUCCAUUGUGUACGCUUACACCGGAACGAACUACAACACGGCGCCUGCGUUCGGGUCCCUAGAGGAGCCAUAUCUCAAGAUCUCGUUCUCUUUCAUGAUUCCGACCUUGAUCUUCCUGGGUGUUCUGUACGCCUCCGUGUCUUCCCGAUUCGUCUUCUUCUCCAUCUUCAAGAACACGAAGCACUAUGGCAGUCACACCGCCGUUGGAUGGGCUUCUUGGGUCGGCAUCUUGGCUGUGACCUGGAUCUUCGCCUUCAUCAUUGCAGAAGUCAUCCCGUUCUUCUCUUAUCUUCUGUCUCUGAUGAGCUCCCUCUUUGACUCCUUCUUUGGAUUCAUCUUCUGGGGCGUGGCCUACAUCCGCAUGCGCCGUGCGGAGCAUGGAGCCCGGUUCUGGGUGGGCCGUGGAUGGAAGGGAUAUGUUGGGCUUGUUUCCAACAUCAUUAUUAUCAUAAUUGGGUUCUUCUUCCUGACUGCUGGCACAUAUGCUUCUGUGCAGGCUAUUAUUGAUGGGUACGAGACUACUGGAUUCGGAGGACCGUUUUCUUGUGCGACAAACGGGCUGUAGAAUAGAUGAUGUUGGACAGAGAGAGCUGCUGAGUGCAGGGUAGAUGGAUUCAGGAGACUAAAAUUGCUGA